UGCUUACAAAUUUCUAAAGGGUAACCGUUUAAUGAUCUACAGCUAAAUAAAGAGUUUCGUGAUAACUAAAAGCAAAUAUUGAGCCCAAUGUCUGAAAAUAUCAGCGUCUGAAGAAGCGCGCGCACGAUUCCUUUGAGUUUGAGAAACGUCACCAUAGCAACACAAGGGGCGCGCAUCAGCGAAGAAGUCGCGUGCUGUUGAUGUCCUCGUCAUUUCGACGACGCAAGUGUCUUCAAGUGGCUGUCAUCAGUGAACUUGUCAGACUGCAAAUCUAAGUAAUAAUCUCUGACCUACUAGUACAAUGGCACAUACAAAGACUGCAGAUGACAUGCAACAUACCCUUUCUCUCAGCUCAAAAAAACAACUACAGGAACAAUUACACUCUGAACAGCAAGAAGUUGAUGCCAUUAUACAGCCGCUGCUGGAGACUGAGGCUGGAUUCAUAAAGAACCUGGAUCACUACCUUACUCACAGAGGCACACUGGACCUGAGGAAACGCAAACUGCUCCAUAAGCGCUGGACACAGAGUGUGUGGCUUCCGGUACAGCAGAGCAUUGAGCAACAUUUUACAAACCAUGGCUAUACUGAGACACAGAAGCUGAGGAGCAUGCAUGCACACUACAUUAACUACUGUAAUGCAAAGGGUUUUGUGUUUCUAGAGAGUUAUGAUCCUCUGGAGUACAACCCCUUCCUGCACCACUUCAACACACCACAUUAUCGCAAAAUUUCCACCCCAACACUGGAGGAUCCCUUGUCUCUUCAGUCACGAGCCAGGAUUAAAGAAAAGACAGCAAUACUUCGUUGCCAAACAGGUCAUGUAUAUCCCCGUCAACAAGUGGAGGAACUUCUCCAGAGACCUCCUGUUUCCCAACAGAGCCGUAAACAGUCACGGGCCAAAGUCUCCAGAGAUACUUCCCCAGAGAGACUUUGGGAGAACCGCAGUCGGUUUAAAUCAAGGAGUACAUGCACUCCACAUUCAGCUUUGGCAGUGAGAGGGUGCAUCCUCCCUCAGUGCCUGUCCUGUUGUUGAUGACUGCGUUCAAUAGGGCCUUGUUGACAGGAGUUUGUAUAUACACAUGGGGCUUCCAUUACUGAGAAUGGUGCUUGUUAUACCAAUACAGUGCAAUAAAUAAUGAGGUGU